ACUUGAUUUCAACUUCGCAGUGCGCAGCAAAAAUGGCUCCAGUACAGACGCUUUUGUUCUUGAGUUUGUUUCUCUUGAUACCUACUUUUACCACUUGUGUUACAGACCCUUGUAAUAAUUACCAGUCGAUUAAUAAUCCAUAUCGUAGUCAAAAGUACAAAGUUUCCCCAGGAGAAUAUUUUCUUUGUGAUAACAAGCUAAAACAAGGAUGGUACAGAUUCACUAGUAUCGUUGGAGGGAAGAUGCCGACGACAAAACCACAGCCAUACCACUGUGGUACAAUAGCACCAAUAUGGAUGCGAGGAACCCAUCCUACAUCUAAAGACCAAGUAGCCAAUGUCACAGCCUGUACUAACUUUCACAACAGACGCGGUGGGUGUUCAUGGCCUACACUGAUUUCUGUCAAAAACUGCGGGGAUUUCUUUGUUUAUGAGUUAGGACCAAGUCGUGGUUGCUCUAUGGCGUAUUGUGCAGGAGAUCUAAUGCCUUGCUCAAAAGGACAUAUAGGAAUCGCCCCAAAUUGUACAGUAUCGAUCAUUACUCCUUUUCCGUAUCGCCUCGUGCCAACACCAAACAUUACUUAUAUGGACAACACUGAAAACCCGUACGUGACAAUGCUGUGCAAGUUCGAGUUCCCUCUCUGGAAAAACGUUUCAUUUCACGUCCAAUGGUUCACUGAUGGAUACACUACUAAGAACCAUACCAUUUGUAAGGAUCAAGAUCCAAAACAAGAAGGUCAAGCUUGUAGUCUGAGACACAGUGAACUCACUUCAGACCCUCAGGUUGGACAGUUGUUCCAGGCAGGACACCGUGUACGAUGUCGACUUCGAAUGAAGUACACGACCAACACAGAAAACAAAUGGACAACGCUAUGGCGAGAUAGCAAUAAGUACUAUGUUGGUAUUGAGGUUAAUCCCACUCAUCUCAUAGUAAAAGAAUGUGAACCAGACAAGAGUGUAACUGUCACAUUCCGUCCAACCGUUCCUGUUGUACCUGACAGAUUUAGCGUUUCAAAAUAUGUACCAGUUAGGAUUUAUGUACCAGAGCAAUACAAGGGAAAGAAUAGGCAAAGUGCCGUGGAUAGCUGUGUUCUUCAACUGAAAACCGAAGACAUGAAACUUGGCAAAAAACUCAAGAUUAAAGGAAUUUGUGACAAUCAAAAUGAACCUGUUACAACACUGGACUAUCAUUUUGCAAUAAAAGAUAAUCAUCCAUUUUGGGGGUAUUAUAGAAUACCAUCAGUAAGGGUCACAAUCGAAAAUACUGAUCAAAAUCAAUGUUCAGCAACAGGAGAUCYACAUUACUUGACAUUUGAUAAGAGGUACUACGACUUCUACCAACCAGGAGAUUACGUUCUUUAUAGCAACACAAGACGAAACUUUGAGAUACACACACGGCUAUGGACAUGCUGGAGUGUUACUUGUAACUGUGGGGUAGCAAUACGUGAAGGAAAUGACGUCAUUGUCAUAUCUGCCUGUAAUAAAAACCUUCAGUAUAACCAGCCGACUCUGCUCAGAGCAAAUGUACGUAGUAGUGGACAAUUGGCCCGCGGAACGCACAUUUACAAGCAUGUAAAUGGUGGUACUAUAACACAUACCGUUAUUCUUCCAUCUGGUGCACGUGUAAAAGCGGUACGUUAUUCAUGGGGUUUGAACCUGUUUCUUGAUGCGCCAAAACGCGAUGCAGCUCAUACGAGUGGUCUGUGUGGUGAUUUCAACGGAAAUCCAAACGAUGACUUCGAUAAAGGAGGAGACAAACAAGCUCAUGGGAACGACGCAACGUCUUUUGCUAACAGCUGGAGAGUGACUCCAGAUAAAAGUUAUUUCGAAGUUUUGCCUCCAAGAAAAAACGUUGUGGACAGGGGUAGAUCUUGUUUCUGUCCAACAGAAAAGACACAAGACAUGAUUGCGAAAUGCAAAGACAAUGCAAAUCGUUUCGUAGCGUUUGGUCCGGAUCCUGGAGAAGACAUCGUUCCAAUAAUCCAAGGRAAUCGCAAGAGGUCUAUACAAGGCAAACUGUACACAGAUGAUAUUAUGGAUACUGAGGAACGUAGUUUCUUUGUGGAUGAGAAUGAUGCAAUGGAGGCAGUAACGCGCAUGCGCGUCAGAAGAGAUGUCAGCGGUCAGUUUCCUAAAGAAAAUGCAACACAGUACUGYAAAAGUAUUAUUGAGGAAUCGACAGCUGGAAAGACGUGUAGUCAAGUGCCUGGAUUCAACUUAACUACCGCGAUGGAACAAUGUAUCGUUGACUUGGAGAUAACCGGUGACACGAAGUUCGCUGGCUCAGCCUUUGAUGCCAUGAAAGAAGGAUGCGAAGAAGUGGCUUUAAAGAACAUCUCCCUGUUCACAGAAGACGAAGACGGUGAAUUGAAACCACCCGCUGAAAUUGGAGAUAAUCUGUGUCCAAAUGAUUGUAGUAACCAUGGUAAUUGUACAAACAGAACGUGCAUCUGUGAGGAAGGAUAUACGGCAGCUGAUUGCUCUAUGGCUGCUAAUGCUGUUCCUCAAUUGUUAGGUAUAUAUGACGGUGGGUUGUGCGACAUUCGCAUAAGACCCUGUAAAAAGACAGACAUAUUUGGCGAAGAUUUCAUUCACUCAGAAAACCUUACUUGUCACGCCCAGGAAUUCAAGGUUGUACCAAGUGGUUGGAAACCUAAGCCAUAUCCUCAGAAAUUUCCUGGUAAGAUGAUUGACAUCUACGGUGUGAGAUGUAAUCUUCCAGAUCCUCCGACAAAACUUGAUGAUUAUGACCACCAGGGGACCCCUGCAGGGGGGCUUUGGAUUUCAGUUUCUAACGACGGCGAGCACAAGAGUCAGCGGCAGAUGAGGUUCAUCACUUACGAUUCUGUUUGUUUGACAUGCAACAAAACAGGCAACUGUACUUUGAAAGACAACUCCUGUUUGAUUAAUGGACAUUGUUUUGCCGUUGGUCAACCUAACCCACGUGACUGGUGCCAGCAAUGCAUGCCGGGAGAAAGUCAGUCUUUAUGGACCAGAAGAAAGGUAAAUCAUGCACCAAAGUUCGCUGCAAAUCAGUCUACUCGAUGGGCCAUCAAUGGAGAGUACCUUCCAUUGCAGUUGAAGGCAACAGACCCUGAUAACCGUCCUGUUAUAUUCUCUCUAAUAAGUUCCACUGCUACUGGUURUACAUUCAGUCCUACUGGUCUGUUGACAUGGAACGUGUCGUCACAAAAUAACCAACAGUUUGUAUUCAAAGUCACUGACGAGUGUAACGCUACUGAUACCAUAACCAUCACUAUGCGUAUCGUUGUUUGUCCUUGUCAAAAUGAAGGCAAAUGCUUACCCCACCCCUACUACCCACGGGGGUCUGGUCAGUACUAUUGUGCCUGUCCUCGAGGGUUUACUGGGGACCGAUGYGAGACAAAUAUUGACGACUGCGUGGGAAUGAAUUGUGGAAACGGUACCUGUGUGGACGGGGUGAAUAAUUAUACGUGUCGCUGUGAUGUUGGUUUUACGGGUUUCCUGUGUGAUCAACGACUGACUCGCUGCACCAAUCAGACGUGUUUCCCUGGUGUCACGUGUACAGAGAUKUCUGGUAGAGUAUCCUGUGGAUCUUGUCCUGUGGGAUUCUCUGGGGAUGGGAAAACAUGUGUAGCUCCGUCAACAACUGGACUACCAACCACUACACACGCUCCAACUACUACAGAAAAACCUACUACUCCCAGUACCAAACCAACCACACAAUCGAUUCAAACCACCAGCAAACCCAGCACUAAACAAGCUCCAACAAGUACAGAGCAGCAAAGCACAACAGAUACAACCACUGCAGAAGCUGAGAGUACGACAACAGAAUCAAUUGUCACAUCGACCAAACAAUCUACCACCGAACAAGGUGAGACUACUUCACCGGUUGAGGAGACUACAUCGACUGAAGCAAGAGAGACUACGACGACAGAGCAACCAGCACCAACGACCGCGCACRAAGAAGAAUAUGUAAUAAGGGCUGAAAUACGUUUAAUGAUCGAAUGGAAAGAAGACUUUAAGGACAAAGAAAGCGCAGCAUUUGGUCAUCUUGCCGAUCGUCUCGCGAAGGAGAUUCGCGACUCGUUUACAAAGUCUAACAAAGGCGAAGAACUGGAUAAAGUGAUCAUCAUUUCUCUGAGAUCUGGAAGUGUAGUYGCAGAGUUCAAACUUGUUUUUAAAAAGAAACAAAAAGAUCCCUUGGRGCCACUUAAAGGAAGUGUACAGAAUGGAAAACUGGGAAACUGGACUGUGGAUCCUGUAUCACUGAAACAGAUCCAAGAAAACGAGGAGCCUUCGAGUGGAAAAGACCAUACGAUYCUGAUCGUAUUAGUCGUGAUAGGAAUCAUUGCCAUACUGGUAAUAGCUGCACUUGUCAUAAAGUUCGGCAGGAACCGCGACAGAUAUCAGCUGAAGAGACGCGUAUCACAUAUGGAACCGGAAACAAGGUCGACUGACAAUCACCUUGAAAAUGAACCCGAGAGGUACGAGAUGCAAGAAGCAUGGAAAAAUGGCCAGAAGAAGGAAAAUGAUUAUGUGAUGACUUUGUCAGCUAAAGAGAACCCUGGCUUCGACCAGAAGUAGUGAUUUGUAAUUGAGAUGUGGACCAUAAAUAAUUUGAUUUCAGUUUUGYAGGUUUAGAAAUCGCGUGCACGGUCGUUGACUACGAAAACGUGUGCGUGUGCGUGUAGAGUGGAAUAUAAGRCGUGUGGUAACGAGUCUAAGCUAUAGACUCGGCUCUACCAAAUACAUCUACCCACAUCAAAAAUAAAAUAAAGAAAUGUAAUGUGUCUCCAAYGCUAAGAAAGAUUGUUAAUAUUAGUUAAUAUUAUCAUAUUAUUAGUUUUAUAAUCUACAAUAUACUCUGUAUUUACGUUCAUCAGCGUUACAAAAAAUUUAGUUGGAAACUAGAAUCCUAGCUAGUAUUGAAGGAAUAGAAAACGCGCGCGCUUGCUGUGCGCAGUUAUAAAGCACGCGGCCGGGGGUUGGCAGAACACGAGAGAAGUGUCAGGAGUGGAGAAGCACGACACUACGCGUCGUGCUUAUGAACACUUCUCGAGUGUUCUGCCCAUCCCCAAGUGCUUUAUAACUGCACACAACACAGCAAUGAAGUUUUUUUUUCUUUUAUAAUAAUUACAAUAACCGUUAUUUUAGAUAGGAAUGACGCAACGAAAAGAGCCCGCGCGUGCAAUGUGCUCUCAUAAAGCACGCGCUGCAAACCAACCAGAACGCGACAUUCAUAACAGUUAUUUUAUAAAAAAUGAUACUGAGAAAGAGUAUAACUGAAGCUGUACGAUUAUAUAUGUACUGUAAGGUCGACUAAUAAGAUUAUCCUGUAGACUUUAUAAUGCAAUUAUUUUCAUACUUUAUKUACUAACGUAUGUGUGUAAAAGUUUUUUUAGACUUAGUGGCGAGAAUAAAAUAAGUGGUUCAAUAACU